AUGGCCGCGCAGUCGAGCAAGCUCGGCCGCGCCAUCGCCAUCGGCCUCGGCCUCUACUGCGUCGCGAGCACGGUGUUCUUCUCCUUCCGCCUGGAGAUGAGAGCCACCCGCAACAUGGCAUCGCCGACCGGCAGCCAGCGCGGGCGCGCACGCCUUCUCGUCGAAGUGGAGCACAGCGACACGGACAACGGGCAGAGCAACUACAUCUACGAGAACGACAACUACAUGGACGACUCCCUCGUGGCUGUGACCACUACAGCGGCCGCCACGGUGACCUCGACGGCAAACUUCGGUGUCUCGAACGGCCCUCCUCUGAGGUUCGAUAUGAUGCUGGAGGGCGCGAAGACGCUGGAGAUUCGGCACCAGCGCUACAUCGGGAAGCGGCUCGUGGGCGAGAAGGGCCAGAUCUGGGGCAGCGUGACGCUCGGCGAGGACACCUUCCAGAUCAUGAGCGACGCCGAGUGGAACGAGCUGCGCCCGAGGCACAGGUGGCCUGCCGAGAAAGUUCAUCUGCCUUACGCGAAGACGUGGGCAAUGACCGUGAAGGAAGUCACGCUGUUCAGCUCCACUAUCAGGUACCUCAUGAUCGAAGGCCAGGAAGGCACGGCGACUUACCGGGCAGUCCCAGACGGCUGGGAUCCUGACGGGAGGUACAAGAAGGCCGACUACGAGAGGUACAUGAUCGACCAAGGCCACCCCGCGGGCAAGGGCAGAGGGGCGCAGAAGAGGCGCGCGGCGGCAUCUGGCACCGCGCGGAAGCGACCCGCGGCAGCUAUGGACGAGGCCGAUGCAGCCGCCGCCGUUGCCCCGCCUCGGCAGCCAGACCUGAACGUGCCCGUGCCGCCAGACGGGAGGUGCCUCUCCUACUGCGCGCUCGCCGCCCGCGACACGCGGGCGUGGAUGCGUGAGAGGGACGUCAACGGCUUCAUCCACGAUGACCCCGACAGGGAGGCGAGCGAGCGCGAGAAGGCCAAGGCGCUCGUGGACAGGAUCAUUGGCGCCAUGGAGGACGACGGCCUGCACCAGAAGGCCGCGCGCCUGCGGUUGGCGGGGGACGCAGGGUACCCUGGCGAAGACGAGCUCCCCUUCUACGCCAGGGUCCUCCAGGGGCGCAUCGAGCUCGACGACCCCGUGGGCUACCUGCGGAAGCAGAACUACGCGGCGGCCGACGACGUCGUCGACGCGGAGGCACUGGAGAUCUACGCGGAGUCCGUGAACGGUCGUGUUGUGCAUGCUGCGCCGACCGUUGGCGGUGGCGCGCCCAUCCCUGUCAUCGAGUUCGGCGAAUUUGGCGCGCCGCUGCUGUACAGGGUGGCGUUCCAGAUGAAGACUGGUCCCGACGGCCACUCGUCGCCCCACUGGAUCCUUGCCUGCUCCUACUACCUGCCAAGGGCUGCCCGACCGCUGCCGAAACCUCGGGCGCAGUUCUACGACCUGGAAGCAGGGGCGUCUGGUGGCAGCGAAGACGAGUCCGACGGGUCGCAGGGCGAUGACGUCGACGAGCUGGGCAACGUGUUCGGCCUCAUCGACGACGGCGGGGAAGACGACUCCGACGACUCCUCCCGCCGUCGCUUCUGGGAAGACGCGCUGAGGGACCAGGAGGGCACCGCCACGCCCGACGCUGGCGAGGCGGCGCAAGGCACCGACACGCCCGCGGCGCACUCGGAGGCCGAGGAGGCCGCAGGGUCCGACGAGCUCACCGCGGAGGAGAGACGGAAGGCACAGGAGGAGUGGGCCGACCAGCUUAUCUCCGAGGGCAUGAUGCAGCCGUGGGGCGAGGACGAGCUCUUCGAACCCGAGGGCUACGACCCCGACGACGACGAACUGCUGGGCGAGGACGACCUGCCGCUGUUCGACCUGGAGGACGCGCAAGACACGCAGCUACCUGACGCGGGAGGCGAAGGUGAUAAGGAUGCUGCUGAGGAGCUGCUGUCCAGGGCGGCGCGGAAGCGCCCCGCCAGCAAGGCGCUGCCCGAGCAGGAGGAGAAGCCGAAGCCGAAGAAGCGGCGCUGGGGCAACAACUUGUGCCCUGGUAAGCAAGAUGGGGCGCGCUGCGUCUAUGCCACAGACCAGCGCCCUGGUGAGCGAGCCCGCGUGCACGCAGACAGGGGCGACGCGCGCUGCAUGUUCUGCGACGGUGAAGUCCUCCGCAAGCGGGACUCCGUCCGCAAGGGUCAGGACAUCACCAGCGCGCUCAAGAGCCUCAUGCAGUACGAUCGCCCCGACCUCGUCGACGGCGCCCUCGACUUCAUCGCCGCGGUACUCGGCCAGGAGAAGCGCGACUCGUACAAGGCCAACGCCGAACGCGCGCUCCAUCGCCAACGGAAGAAGGACAACCCAGUGCCCGCGACCGACCUCCAGAGCGAGUGGCAGGAGGCGCUCAAGCAUCGCGUGAGCGUGGUGCCGCGGCAGAAGAAGCAGACGCGCAGGGCCUACCCCACCUGGGUCAGGGACGACAGGAAGUUCCGGCGCAACAAGUUCAAGACCGCCCUGGACGACGACGUCGAGGACUGGGCGGAGCCGCAGGCCGUGGCCUUCACCAAGUGGGCGGAGCUCGCUUCCUGGGGCAUGUGCAAGAUCUGCAAGCGCCUGGAGAAGAGGUCCUUCGCGCCCGCGGACGUGGCGGCGGCGAUGAUGCGCCUCCCCGACGCGGAGCGCAAGAAGGGCCGCAAGGCUGGCCAGCGCAGCGCCUGGAUCAACAAGUGCAAGUACUGCGCCAGCCCGCCAGAGAAGCGAGUGGGCUACCCCGCCGUCCAGAUCGAGGACAUCCCCGAGCCGCUGCGCCACCUCAGCGUGGCCGCACUCGAGGCGUUGAGGCCGAUGGAGGUGUCUAUCGGGCCGCAUGCGCGGGCCGCACACGGAUACAGGGUCCACACCGACAUGAUCGGCUUCCGCUGGAAGGCCACCGACGUCCUCACGGCCGUGAGCGAGCUCCCCGAGCGCCACCAGCGCAGGGCCAUGGACGCCCUCGAGUACCUCGAGGCGAACGACGACCCCGCCGAGGAGGACUUCUCCAGCUGGGCCACGCUCACGGAAUACUACCUGGCCCACCCACAGAAGAGCGCGUACUUCGCCAUUAUGCGCCUGCACAACAGGUUCCUCCGCAGGAACCGCAAUGACCUUUCUCAGAAGAAGCGCCGCCUCGCGAUGCGCCUCGUGGAGCAGCUCGGCAUCGAGACGGCCCUCUGGCCCCACCUGUACCCGAGGGUGUCCAUGUGCGAGACCUACGUCCGCCUGAUGGACGAGCGGCGGGUGGUGCGCACGCGGGCCGCGCGACGGGCUGCGCACUUCGACGACGCCGACGCCUCCGCCGACAGCGACGACGCGGAAGCCGACGGCAAGAAGCGCCAGUCGCUCAAGCGCAGCUACACGGCGAAGGUCUUCUCGCCCGUGAUCGGCUACGGCGCCGACACCGAGCUCGCCCAGUUCGUCUACGACCUCUGGCUCUGGACGGCGCUGGGGGGCAAGAAGCACGCUGCCAAGGUGCCCAUGCGCCUGGCGCUGGCUGGCAUGUCCUUCAGCCCCGAGUACUGGCGGACGUACCACUUCGCCCUCAUCGACCUGCAGCGCCAGCUUGGCUUUCCGACCCUGUUCGUGACUCUGUCGCCGCUGGAGUGGUCCACGCCGUUCCACGUCUGGGUCGAGGACGAGAUGCGGCGGACGCUGCGGUCGCGCACUUGGCUGCCGGCCGCAGAGACCUACCACCUGUCGCACGUGCUCACCCAGGCCAUCGUCGGGCUGCUGACUGGCACCCAGGGGAAGGCGCGGAGCGAGGCGAGCGCAGCGUGGACGCAGCACGUACUGGCGGGCAAGGACGCGGAGGGCAAGCCGACGCAGCGCGUGAUCACGCAGUUCGCGCGCAUCGAGUUCCAGGACGGCAAGCGCAAGCGCGGCGGGCCCAACGCGCGGCACGCCUACCACGGCAGCGGCCGCCCCCACGUCCACUGCCUCGUCUGGCUGGAGAAGGUCGCCACGAUCGAUCUCCCGAGCAAGGUCUCCGCCACCAUCCCAGACGACGAGGAGCAGGAGCAGCUCUACCACAUCGUCAUGGGCUCCCAGACCUCGACUCACGGCUCCCAUCCGUGGCCUGAGCGCAAAGAGGACUCGAUCUGGGACGUGCGGGGGAAGACGCUGAGGCUCCACCACACCGCCAGGGACCUGCACCACAAGCUCCGCGCCUACAUGCCGGCCGUGAUCGCGGGCAUGAAGUCCCACAUGGACGUGCAGACCUCCGAUGGCCGCGGCAUGCUCCUGCGCUACGUCUCCUCCUACACCGCCAAGUUCUCCGACCAGUUCUCCUCCGAGUGGCUCAACGACGAGGCCUCCGACUACGCCAUCAGCCGCCGCAUCCUCACGGAGUUCCACCCGCUCGAGCCCGAGAUGUGGCUCCAGCUGGCCGCAGCGGAGUACUCCCAGGUCCUCACGCAUGGCACCGUCAAGAACUUCCCCGUGCCCGUGCCGUGGAAGGGCAAAGAGAUGCCCGCGGUCGUCGAGCGCUACACGCACAGCGCCUGGCGACCCGACGACAUGAGCCUCCUGGAGUACGUGCGGCGCUCCAACAGCAGGGGCGGCGUGCACCGAGCGCUCCGCCUGCGCUACGCCAACCUCCAGAAGGCGAACGACCCCUCCGUGGCCCACGUCGACCUGGAGACCUGGGCCGCACGCGUGCCCAUGCGCGGCGAAGUCCUGGUGGCGGCGCGCUCCAACUCCCGCUUCAGCGACGAGUACUACGGCCAGUGGAUGCUCCUCCACGUCCCCUUCCGCAGCGUGCAUGAGCUCUGGCAGGAUGCCGCGGAGCUCGUGCCGACCGGGUACAGGCUGUUCGCCCACUGCCUCCUCCACCGCCCUGACCUCUGGCGGAGCGAGGCAUGGCUGCGCUCCGACAUGGAGCUGGAGGCCCACCGCGACCCGACCAUCGACUCCAACGUGGCGAUGAUCAAGGCGCACAUCACCCUCGUCGACGACUACCUCGAGGGCCGCCUCGUGGUCGGGGAAGACCCCGAGCCGCCGCGACACCACUACGCCUUCGAUGGCCGCAUUACCACCCUCGAGCCCGAGCAGAUACCCGUCGCCGAUCUCAUCACGAGGCGCUGGCACAGGGCGGUGGAGCUCGCCUGGCCCGACGACUACGAGGAUCACAACCACGGCCCGCCCGACGACGAGGACCCGCGCCCCAUCGCUGUUCUGGGGCCCGCGGGGAGCGGCAAGUCCUUCCUCAUCAAGGUCGUCAUGCAGGACGCCAUCGCCCAGGGCGCCCGCGUCCUCCUCGCCUGCCCCACGCGCCGACAGGUGGCGCGCUACCGCGAGGACAUGCCCGACCUCGACGUCGACAGCAUCCACAGGGCCUUCAACGUCUACCUCCCGGAGCAGCAGACGCUCCAGCGCAUGCAGGACUUCGACCUCGUUGUCAUCGAGGAGAUCAGCAUGGUCGAGAUGUGGAUCUUCGAGCGCCUCCUGCGCCUCUGGGACGCGGCCGCGCGGCGCCCUGCGCUCGUCUUCGUCGGCGACUUCCGACAGCUCCGCUGGAUGGACAGCCCGCGCGUCCUCGAGCACUGGCGCUGGGCCGACGUCGACGUGAGGGAACUCAAGAUCAUGCGCCGCUGCAAGUGCCCCAUUCUCAAGAAGAAGCUCGAGCUCCUCCGCACGGCCACGCCGAGCAAGCCGCAGCUCGUGGAGAUCCGCCAGGACCAUCGCGCGCCUUCGGUCGGCCAUCGGGAUGUGGGCUGGUGGGAGCGCGAGGAGCCCACGGAGUACGAGAUCGGCCAGGUCUUCGAGGAGCACCCCACCACGACGUUCGUCACGAUCUCCAGGGCCAAGGCGGCGUGGGUCAACCAGGCAGCCUUGCGGCACUUCUACUGGGAGGUCGAACCCCUGGGCACCAUCGACGCCGACCCUGAAUUCAACCCGCGCAACUUCUACGGCACCAAGCAGGUGAGCUGGGCCAACAUGCGCUUGCCCAUCUUCGAGGGCAUGCGCGUGGGCUUCACCGCCAACAUUCGCCCCGAGAUCGACUUCGUCAACGGCAUCGAAGGCCACGUGAUCAUGAUGGACCACACGGGCGUCUUGGUCAAGACCACCACGGGCCACAUGGUCAAGGUGCCGCCCUACACCAACCCCGAGUGGCGCAACGUUUACUACCCGCUGCGACUUGCGUACGCCACCACCCUCAUGAAGGUGCAGGGCGAUACCCUGAAGCAUAUGACGCUGUGGAUGGACACGCCGGGCGUGGAGGCAGCGGGAUACGUGGCAUUGUCCCGCGUUCAGCAUGACAAGGACUGGAAGUUCGUCGGCUACCUGCAGCAGAAGCACUUCAUCCCG